UCUGUUGGGAGUCUCCCAGGCUCAGAGUAUCAACGACACUCAGUCCCACAAUCUCAUUUCCAUUUCUGCUAGGAGUCUCCCAGAUUCUCAAUAUCAACAACACUCACCCAGAUUUUUAACAUUUUCUCAUCUGGAUGUUCAUCAAUUAGUCAAACAAUGCAGAUUCAGCCACACCCACUUCCAAACUAUAGUCUUAGGUCACCAAUUUUCUCACCUUCGACCCAUUUUCUCAUCCCUUUCUCAUCAUCAUUCCAACCUACUAAACUUGUCUCUAUUCCAAAAUUCCCAUCUGGGUCUUGCAGCUCACUCAAAAGGAUGUCUAAGUCACAAACUGGUUUGACAAGCUAUGGUGGUUUGGUUAGUGUCAGAUGUGAGGCUUUACAGGGAAAAGAGGAUGAUGGGUUCUAUAUGAGGAGGUGUGUGGAGCUUGCAAGGAAGGCUGUUGGCUGUACAAGUCCUAAUCCCAUGGUUGGUUGUGUUAUUGUGAAAGAUGGAAAGGUUGUUGGCGAAGGGUUUCACCCAAAAGCUGGGCAGCCUCAUGGUGAGGAGGUUCAAUUUGCAGGUUUUUGCUUUGAGGGAUGCCGGGGAUUUGGCCGAGAAUGCAACUGCAUAUGUGAGCUUGGAACCAUGCAAUCAUUAUGGGCGAACACCACCCUGCACUGAAGCACUAAUUAAAGCCAAGGUGAAAAAGGUUGUAAUUGGGAUGGUCGAUCCAAAUCCUAUUGUGGCUUCAAAGGGGGUGGAUAGAUUAAGAGAUGCAGGAAUUGAAGUCACUGUGGCCGUGGAGGAAGAACUAUGCAAGAAGCUUAAUGAAGCCUAUAUACAUCAAAUGCUGACAGGGAAGCCCUUUGUCACACUGAGAUAUUCCCUCUCAAUCAAUGGCCACAUUUUGGAUCAGCUUGGAGAAGGAGUUGAGGAGGCCGGUGGAUACUACUCGCAAUUGGUACAGGAAUAUGAUGCAAUAAUUCUUUCUCCAACAACUGUAACUGAGAAGUGUUCUUUUCCUGCCUCCCAAGAACCUGGAGCCAAUCAACCUCUUCAGAUUUUGAUAGCAAAAAGUCCCAUCUCACCGAACCAAAUCCCCGUUCCCCACACAGAAGCAACUUCUAAGGUGAUAAUCUUUGCUGACAAUGAGACUGCUGUAGAGCCAGAAAUGGUUCAAAAGGGAAUUGAAACAGUGGUUUUGGAUCAGAUAAAUUUGAAUGCAGUUCUAGAAUAUUGUAAACGUCAAGGAUUAUGCAGCAUUUUGCUGGAUUUAAGGGGAAAUUUUGGCUAUUUUGAAGAUCUUCUCAAACAGUCUCUCGAAGAGAAUUUGCUGCAAAAGGUUGUGGUGGAAGUAUUGCCAUUUUGGAGCACAAAUGAAGAAGAGGGACUACCCUUGGCUUUGAAGAAUCUGAGGAAAGGAAUUAGAUUAAAGAAUAUAACUUCUCGGAACUCAAAUGACAGUGUUGUGCUGGAGGGAUAUCUCUGAGGCAAAUUAGACGCAUGGUGAGCGAGUGCCAAACUAUUGCAAUCUUCUCUGGAAACCCAGUUGCUGCACUGCACGUGGAGAACACUGAGUUGAUUGAAUGGUCGUGAGUUUUUCCUUCCUCUCGCUUGGGAACAAAUGGAUCGUUUACAUUUUCUCUGUUUUCCCCUCUUGUAGAUGUAUUAUAAUGAAUCGAAUUUUUCUUAAUAAAAAAUUCUAAGGAGCAUCCUCCUAAACACCUCAUGGCAGAAUUAAGUAUUGGCAUUAUAAUUUAUGCAUUGAAAACCAUGAAGAAUGACUUAAAAUCAUACAUUGCCCACUUGUUGCUUGGCAUGUUAAAUAUUUUAAGGUUGAAGGUUUGAAGGUAGCCUUGAUUUGGUUGAGUACUGAGUAGUUCUGAUGGAGAAAAAUGAUUCAUUUAGCUGUUUGGGUUGUGUUGAGUUGAAUAGGGUGCCGGUGGGAAUUGACAUAUAGAAAGUAUAUUUUUCGGUAUCGAAAAGACAUCAUCAAUUAGAUGAUGCUAUACACAUGUUUUCAAAUCUCAUUCUUUGUACUCUAGUUUCAUUUAUUUGUAUCUUUGUAUCUUGGUUUCAUUUGUUUUUACCCUCGAUCUAUAACCUGUAUCUUACCAUACAUAUUCAAUAGUCUGAAUUUUUUGUUCCGUAGGUACCGUUAUAGCAUCUUUGCAUUUGCCUGCAAUUUGGUGAUUUUCUCAUUGAUGGGCAAAGCAUCAACUCAACAAAUUUACAUGCUCUGUGAUUCUCAUUGAUGGAUCUGCAUUAACUCAAAUGGUUUAAUAAAGUUUCAAGAUGAAUUCUAGUUUCUGUAAAGGUGUAAUCUUGUAUGAUAUUGAGCAACAAAAUUUUAGCAUAUAUACACAUACAUGCACCACAAAAUGGGUUCCACAAGAGUGAACCAGUUGAGCUUUACAAAUCUGUGUGAGGUGGUUUUGAUAACAGGAGGCAUAGAUGACUCCCAGCUCUUAAAGACUGGGAGAGAAUUUCUUCAACCCAGUUUUCUGUCCACUUCAGAACUGGGCCUACCAUUGGUUUGCAGAGCUCGUCCAGCGCAAGCAUUGGAAAUGGUUCUUCAAUGAGAACACCCACCUGCAAAAGCUCUAGGGAGAUUAGAGGAAGCUAGAAAGCAUGAAUGAGUGAAUAGCAGAGUCCAGAGGGGAGAGAAAGAAAGAGACUUCUUCAAUGCAGAAGAGAGAAGCAGCACUGAUGAAAGUAGCAGGAACCACAAUCCAGUUGCAGUCCUCCCAGAGGAUGAUGGGGAGAGUGAGAUGCCAGAGGACCAGAAACCUUGAGGUCAGGCGGGUAUAUGAGAGGGGGAUAGGUAUGCCCAUGAGCUGCUCACAAACACCAAUACCUUCAUGGAAACAAGAUAACUUUGACUCCUGCAUCAUAAUGUAGAAGUUAUGUUAACAUUAGUGAUCUUUUUAUUCCAUGUAGUCCCUAUAUUUGGUGUGUAUUUAUGUAGUGAAAGACUCAAUCAUGUGUAAUGUAAUGACUGCUCCUAUAUUUAGGGUUUGGGUUAUCACAUGUGUAAUGCAAUAACCUGGUUUCCCUUGUGGUGUCUCCCCCUAA